AUGUGCAGCAGAGAAUACUUCAAGGGUAAGAAGUUCAAUUAUCAGAAACAAAAUUCUGAUGAGAAAGUUUCCAGAAGCAAGAAGAUUUUUGGAAAUUUUGUAUCUCAAUGUAGCAGUAGACCAGGUUUAUCACCAAUGAGAUUGAUGAAGAAUCUUGCAGGGAAGGUUGGAAGAGCUCUAUGCAUUGGACCGGUGAGUAAAAGAGCUUCAAGGAAGGAUUCUUUAGCUGGGAAAUCAAAGCCCUUUGUGACUCCUGUUGAUUCUCAUAGGAUAGAAGCCAUGGAAGAUUGUAUCGACUUCAUCAACUCUUCUUCCUCUUUGUCUAGAUCAAACUCCACCACAAAUUCUUGUUAG